AUGCGACCGCCACGCUUGCUCAUCGUCCUCUUCUGCCUAAUCUUCUUUCCGAUUCUCCUCACCUUCUUUUCCGCCCUCACAUCGCCCAACGUAGCAACGCCCAAUACACUCGCUGGUCAGACAACUGGGCUGCGCGCUUUAUUUUCUUUCAACAUACCAUCAUCCCUUUUCCCUCCGUCGGCCAUUAUUAGUCUCACUGAUGACAACUCGACUUUCUUCCUCGCCCGGCCAGCGGCAUUUGGCCCGCUGCUUCCAACAAAAGGCCUCAGCGGUCAGUUAUGGGUGGGAAGUGGCUUUGGUGAGGGUGGAUUAGCUAGUAUGACAGGGGAACUAGGCUGCUCCGAUAUUCCCGGUUGGGGUGAGGGCGCCAACCAUAAGAAGCAAGACAAAACCUCCAGGAGCGCGGAACAGAGUUCCAGAAUUUCCGGAGGUAGUACAAGGAAUGAUCAAUUAUCAAACCGCCCGCGGUCGGUGUCGCAGGCCGAUACCACACCUCAAAACGAUAGAGAUGAUCCAGCCCACCCACCCUUGACGAACGAUGGCACCGACGAUCAUCUACAUCAUUCACUUCCUGAGAUAAAUCAGAAGUAUGGAGACAACGUCCAAAACAAGCCACCUGCGCAUGCCGACAUCCAAUCGCUACAGGAAACUGCCGAAAUACAGGGUAAGGUGGUGCUGUUGAGUCGAGGUGGCUGUGGGUUUUUGGAGAAGGCAAAGUGGGCCCAACGACGAGGAGGUGUUGCUUUGAUUGUCGGCGACGAUACUCGAGGUGGCAACUUGGUCACUAUGUACGCACGAGGCGACACAUCGAAUGUCACGAUACCGGCAUUGUUCACAUCCUACACUACCGCUCAUCUUUUAUCGUCAUUGGUUCCCGGACAUGCCAGUGGAACUGCCGGCUUGGGCGACGUGUUCAAAUCUUCACAAGCAAAGUUGGCAGGACAAGCUGAUGCCGACAAAGAACGGGUGGUAACUACCACAGCAACAACUAUUCCAACUCCGACUGCCAGCAGUCAUUCAACAACCAAAGACAGACCUGCACCUACGUCUCACUCGAAUGGCGGGAUUUUCCGCGCAAUUGGUGCAUUUCUGGGGUUGUGCGAUAAGAAUGGAGGUUCGCGGCAUCUGGAAGACAGCCGACGUCCGCCCAGCAGCGGCAACAUUGACUGGAUCAACCCUGGUUCAUGGCAUGAAAAAGAAGACCCUUCAAACGCCCGAAAGAGAUCAACGGAUCUCAAUAAUCGUGGUCGGACCAAGGGUGACACAUUCGACAGCCACAAGGCUGAUAUGUCCCCUGAAAGUUUUGAGGAUGAUGACUUUGUCAUCGGGAGUACCGCGUCCCCGACAGCUAGCACCUCUGUAACUGGCAAGGACACCUCCAAGGCUGCCAGUGCGGAUAAAGAUACUGCUUCCUCGCCUAAUGGUCUUCCGGGUGGUAGCAUUACACCAGGAAGUGGAGAAUACCAAAGCAUCGAUAAAUCCAGUGCUAGUUCUCAUGACACGCGCCUCAAGGGAUCCAACAAAGGUUCCAUCGGAAGUUAUGGGAAGCCUGAAUCUUCCACGAAGGGCUGGUUCUCGAGUCACUUUGGAUGGGGAGACAAUACUCAUCAAAACCCUCAACCUUCUUUGUCGCCCUCACUCCAGAAAAACACAGCAUCGAACCAGAAAAUGCAAAAUAGCCCUCACUCAUCGAGCCAUCUAGGCGGGGAGACUUCCGAGCACGAAGGCCUUUGGGUUACCAUGACGCCUACCAGCAUGUCCACUAGUCCCUUUUUCGAUACUCUAUUGGUCCUUGUCGUCAGUCCACUACUCACGCUGACGGUGGUUUAUGCUCUUUUGCUGCUCCGGUCCCGAAUCCGUCGUCGUCGCUGGCGUGCCCCGAAGUCGGUUAUAGAACGACUUCCUGUUCGAACAUACCAUACAAUUGCUACCACUUCUUCAUCGUCUUCCAACUCAACUCGUCCCCCUAGUCCCGGUCCUCUCUCUCCGACUUCCCCACUCCUUGGCAAUGAAAGCCGGCCUAGCGCAUCCCGAUCAAAUAGAUCACGUUCACAAACCUUUUCGGGCACUAUGCUAGACUCAUCUGCCUCGCCGAAGGAAGAGAAGUGCAAUAUGCAAAACGGAUCUACGUUGUGGCGACGCAAGUACACAGGAAGACAAGUGGAGUGUGUCGUAUGUCUUGAGGAAUAUGUCGAUGGUCUGAGCCGGGUUAUGAGAUUGCCAUGUGGCCAUGAAUUCCAUGUGGAAUGCAUUACUCCCUGGUUGACUACUCGUCGACGAACUUGCCCAAUUUGUAAAGGCGAUGUUGUCCGCUCAUUGUCCCAUUGUCAAUCCGGUGACUCUCAGGGUCGUCGUGAGCAGUCCAGUGAUGAUGUCCAGUCCACCCAGUCGGUUUCUCAAGGCAGCACAUCCUCUGCUCCAAUGCAAAUUGAAGGCAUCAAUGACGAUGCUUUGGAUGCUGAACAAAAUGCAGGUCUACUUGGGGACCAUGCAAAUUCUGCCCCACAGUCAAGCUGGCGAAACCUGGCUACUCUUAGCUUUUCCGCUCUGAGUGGCGAUACGAUAUGGCACCAGGCUCGUGCGGACCGUAAUCGCUAA